AUGGCGGGGCCCGCCGGGCGCGGCCUCUGCAGAGCGCUGAACCCGUGUCGAGGGUCGUCGGUGUUUCCCGGGCUCCUGCUGCGCCUCUGCCCGGCCCCGCCGCCCUCCCGGCCCUUCGCUGCGGUUGCCAAAACUGCCAAGAAGGGGCCACAAAAGACCAGGCAGGAGGACACAAAGAAGAAAGCAAGGCCUGGGCGGCGGCCGCUGCUGAACAAGCCCGUGGAUGAUGUGUACUUGACCUGGCUGUAUAAGAGGCCCUCCUAUGAUGUGGAACAGGCUGUGGCUAUGCUGAAGAAGUUCCAGGUGCUGGACUUCACUCACCCCAGACAGUAUGUCUAUAUUAACGUCUUCCUAGACAUGGCACUAGAGAAGAAGAAAAAAGUGGAUCCAUUUUCAAGCACUGUUCUUCUCCCACACCGCUUUGCAGAUGAAACAAAUAAGGUCCUGGUUUUCACAGAGAAUGAGCAAGAAGCUGAAAUAGCUCGAGAGAAUGGAGCUGCUAUCGUGGGAGGAGUUGAACUAAUCAAAUGGAUUCUGGACGAUGAAAUCCAAGCUGACUUUUAUGUAGCUGUCCCUGCAAUCAUGCCUAAGCUGAUACCAUUGAGGAACAAACUAAAACGAAAAUAUCCAAACACAAGAAGAAAUUCACUGGGCCAUGAUAUUCCCAAAAUGGUGCAACUCUUCAGAGACGGUCUUGAGUACAUGGUAGAAGACGAGCGUGUAAUCAAGACAAGAAUAGCAAGACUGGAUAUGCCCACUGAGCAGAUAAUUGCCAACCUAAAAACAGUUAUCCAAGAUAUCUGCACGUUCAAGCCACCAACUUAUGGUCCUCUGGUGCAGAAGUUGGUUAUUAGAUCUUCAACCAGUGAAGGUUUGCUACUGAAACUUGAUGGACUUCUACCUCAGGUGGAGAAAGUAGAAGAAGAAAAAAAUGCAGAUGAGGAUGAUGAUGAAGAAAAACAUGCCCAAGAAUCUGUUAGUACCUGA